CAAAGGGUGAAAAAGACCUGGAAGAGUUACAAUCAAAGGAGCCAUCAUAGUACAACCCCCGUACAACCCGCCUCGCUCGAAUCCCCUUCUCGCCUCCUAAGGUGUGUAACUGAAGACGAGCUGUGGAUGAUGUGGUCUGCCGGCUAGCGUUUGCCUGCCUAGCCAGCCCUUUGGUUGUGGAGUGAUUGUGCCUUCCGCUUCGACUACACCUAAUCACUCAAUGUAGGUUUCCAGAAGGUUAAGCGGCCUGCUUUUAGAAGAGGUGCUUGCUUAUUUACCUUUUCAACACAAUUUCACAUUAGAUGGUGAAGAAAAAGGGGCGAGCGUCCGAGCGGUCGCUCAUCUGCGUGAUCCAGGCCCUGGUGGGGAUGAAGGUCCUGGUUGAGCUGAAGAAUGACGUCACGGUCAAGGGCGUUCUGGAGGAGUGUGACCUUGGGAUGAAUAUUGUCAUCAAAGAUGCUAUUCAAGAGAACCUCCAGGGAAUCAAGACCGAGUUAGCGUUGAUGUUCAUCCAGGGGAGGAGGAUCCGCUUCAUUCACAUCCCCAAGUCCGUCAAUGUUUCAGACGCUGUAGAAGCACAGAGGGAGCGCAUCCGGAAGGCAGAAGUGAUGUAUACACAAGCCAUGGGAGGUCCAGGGGCCUCAUCGAAACGGAGAGAAAGCGGUAUGGACGACCAAGCCGGACCCAGCCAGAUUUGACCACUGGUUAUCUUCCUUCUACGCUUAGACAUGUUUGUGUGGUCCCUUCCUUGUCAUUCUUUCCUACCCCAAAUAAUCAGAAGUGUUGCAGUGUUGCUAACGCACAAAGUCGUGUGCAUUCGUUAAGGUCACAGAAGCGUGGCACUUGCACAAAACCACAGUUCGUCGCCGGUACUCCUGUAAAGUUAAGCAACACUGGGAAUGAUCACAACCAUGGUAUCAUUCGGUACCUUCAUUCCUUGACGGAUC